ACAGUCUCCACGUAAGUCUGCUCUUACACCGAACUAUACUCCUUAAUUAAUCACUUUCCUAUUCUUCUUCUCAAAUUAUCUUCUACAUACACACCCACUUCAUGAUCUCCUCCACCUCCAUCUCUGUGGCCCUACCCACUAAGUCUGAUGGAGAAGAUGAAGGAGAUACUUCGGUAUUUCUAACGUACAGAAUCAAUCAGCUGAAAAGGCAAAUUCAAGCGGACCGAGUUCUUUCAGUGAGGGACAAACAUGAAGAGAACAAAAGGAAGGUAGAAAAUCAUGUUUCUGAACUUUUUUUGUUGGCUACGUCAAGGAGUGAUACUAUGAGGAACUCUGGGAUUGGUAAAAUGCUUUCUUUAAGAUUAUCAAAUCCCCUCUGCAAAGUUGGUGGACUUCUUCAAGGUUCAGGAGACAGGGACUAUACUAAUGGAGAGGAAGUCGUAUCUUCAACAACUGCAAAGCUUCCCUUGAUUGAGAAUAUUCCACCAUAUACCACUUGGAUCUUUUUAGACAAAAAUCAAAGAAUGGCUGAAGACCAAUCAGUGGUUGGGAGAAGGCGGAUAUAUUAUGACCAGCAUGGUAGCGAGGCCCUAAUCUGUAGUGACAGUGAGGAAGACAUCGCAGAACCAGAGGAAGAGAAACGUCGUUUCUCAGAGGGGGAGGAGAAGAUUCUUUGGAUGGCUUCGCAGGAGUUUGGGCUUAAUGAAGAAGUUCUGGACAUCUUGACCCAAUAUGUUGGAGGCACCACUUUCGAAAUCCUGGAGCACUGUAAUGUGCUUGGGGAAAAACAUCAAGAUACAGACAGCAAAAGCGUGAAAGAUUCUGGGGAAAGUGGAUUUGGGGGGAGUAAAUUUCUGGACAAAAGCCUUACUGCUGCUUUAGAUUCUUUUGAUAACCUUUUUUGUCGCCGCUGUCUGGUGUUUGACUGCCGUCUGCAUGGUUGUUCACAAAUUCUUAUUGAUGUUAAUGAAAGGCAGUCCUAUUCAUCUGAUCUAGAAGAUGACGAAACACCUUGCAGUGAUCAGUGUUAUCUUAAGGUAAAAGAUGCAGCAAACCAGACUAAUUAUUCAACUGUCGAUCUACCGGAAGGGUCACAAAAGCACACUUCAGAAGUGGGAGAUAGUACUGUGGUCACCAAAAGAACUGGAGAUCCAGACGAGCACAUUGAUGAAAAAAUGAAGCACACAGUAUCAGAGUCUAUGAAUGCAACUUUGAAGAAGUCAGAUCUGAUCUUGGAUUACCAACAAGAUUCUUCUUGUAAGAGAAGGAAAUUGUCAUUCCCUACUGCUGUUGCCGUGGCAGCAGAAGAUGGAUCUGAGAUCAAUGAAAUGUCUAUUAUCACCAAUGAUUAUGUAUCACAUUCACCAGCACCAGACCAGUCUGGCUUUAAUCAUGGUGGGGACAAUGUCAGGAGCGAAGGAGAAGACACUAAAAAGGAAACUGUGAAGCACACAUCCUACUCGAAAAAUCUACCAGAAUGGAAACCCCUAGAGAAAGAACUGUACUCAAAGGGGAUAGAGAUUUUUGGGAGAAAUAGUUGCCUCAUCGCUAGGAACUUACUUCCUGGGUUGAAAACUUGUAUGGAGGUAUCCUCUUACAUGGAUAGCAGAGCAGCAGCGCAACGCGGAGGCUCCGCAAGCUUAUUUUCAGAGGACAAUGGGAAAGCUGACAUGGAUUACAUGGAGCCAGAUAUUCCGACAAAAUCACGCUUUCUUCGUAGAAGAGGCAGAACACGGAAGCUCAAAUAUUCCUCAAAGUCUGCUGGGCAUCCCUCAAUCUGGAGAAGAAUGGCUGAUGGAAAGAAUCAAUCAUGUAUACUAUAUAAUCCUUGUGGAUGCCAGCCGAUGUGUGGAAAGAAUUGUCCUUGUUUGCAGAAUGGUACUUGCUGUGAAAAGUAUUGUGGCUGCUCAAAAAGCUGUAAAAAUCGUUUCCGUGGAUGCCACUGUGCAAAGAGUCAAUGCAGAAGCAGACAAUGUCCGUGUUUUGCUGCUGGACGUGAGUGUGAUCCAGAUGUUUGCCGCAAUUGUUGGGUUAGCUGUGGUGAUGGCUCAUUGGGUGAGCCUCCUAGGCAAGGAGAAGGUCAAUGUGGUAACAUGAGGCUCCUCCUAAGGCAGCAGCAAAGGAUUCUGCUGGGAAAAUCUGAUGUUGCUGGAUGGGGAGCCUUUCUGAAGAACCCUGUUUACAAAAAUGAUUACCUGGGAGAAUAUACUGGUGAAUUAAUUUCUCAUCGAGAAGCAGAUAAACGGGGAAAAAUAUAUGAUCGUGCCAAUUCGUCUUUCCUUUUCGACUUGAACGAUCAGUAUGUGCUUGAUGCCUACCGGAAGGGAGACAAGCUGAAAUUUGCCAAUCACUCAUCAAACCCAAACUGUUAUGCUAAGGUAAUGCUGGUUGCUGGUGAUCAUCGAGUUGGGAUAUUUGCAAAGGAACGUAUUGAAGCUAGUGAAGAGCUUUUCUAUGAUUAUCGUUAUGGUCCGGAUCAAGCACCAAUAUGGGCUAGGAAACCUGAGGGCACAAAGAGAGACGAUUCACCAGCACCUCAAGGUCGACCAAAGAAACACCAAUAAUAUCUUUGAGACAGUAUGCUAACUAUCUCAAUGGUUGUAACAUAACCAUUUCUAUCUUUACUGUGGAGUGCUUAACAUGCAGGAGGAACAGAGGAAGGUGUACUACAUCUCUUAAUACAAUAUAGACGAUUGUAAGAAACAUUAAUUUGUUUUUUCCUUUUUCAUUACCUCCAUAUUUUAUUAGUGUGCUAAUAAUAAGACAUUCAAAAAGUGAUUGGAGAGAAGUCCGGCUAUGUAAAGAAUAAGCAGAAAAAUGUAGAAAGAAACAUGUAUACGUAUAGUCAUCUUAAAUGAUAAAAUAAGUUAUUUGGAUUAGACACAAGAUGUCUUGUAAUAAUACAGCUCAUGUAGAUUUGCUAGUCUGUUA